AUGGGGGAGUAGAAAGUGCACGAGUUUUACAUGUACAAAGAUCUGAGUUCCAAUUCCAUAUGAUAUGGUGAUUAACAACAUUGACUAUGCAAUUGGGCUGCCUACCUUUGGUCUACUACUAACUGACCCACGGUUCUUUCUGUGCCUCAGUUUUUCCAUCUGUAGAGUGGGGAUAAUAGUACCUAACCUAUAAGAUUGCAGUGAGGAUUAACUACAUGCAGUUAAUUCAUGUAGAGCACUUAGAACUGUGUCGCAAGUAAACCCUCAGGCAAUGUCAUCUAUUGUUACUAUUAGUAAAUUCUGGUAGCCACUACUUACUAGCUUAAUGACCUUGGGCAUUCUUUCUCAACCCCUCUGAAUCACCUUUCUUACCUCUGCAAGAUUAUUGUGAGGAUUAAAAUAAAUAAUACAAAUAAAGCAGAUGUUAGGUCAUCAACAAAUGUUAAUUAUCUCCGUGCUCCCACAUCAGCCUUAAAACGAUGAGGCAACUAUAUGGCACCAAACUCUGGCUCUAUUAAGGAGAUUUUUACUUUGGGCCUUGAACUUCCUCUGCCCUUUAACCUUACUGGGCUAAGCAGCGUCAGUGGAUACCAUUAAAUAUCAUGCCUGCCUAAAGUCGCAAAUAGUACAGACAGAUAAAGUAAAAACAAGCAGAGGAAGAGGAGAUAAAGAAAGGAGGGUAUAUAUUGUCUAGACUACUUGAGUCAUAGCAACUUCUUUUGGAUUCUGUCAGCUUGCUUUCACACAAUCCAAAAAUGGCCUGUAUGGCUAGAGGGACCAAGAUGUAGGUUUUUGGUGCAUUUGUAUUAGUUGUGAACAAACUCAAACAUGGCUUUACUGUAGGUUUUUGGUUUUUUGUUUUGUGUGUGUGUGUGUGUGUGUGUGUGUGUGUGUGUGUGUGUGUUUGCUGGUUUCUAAGUAGUCUGUUCCAUUCUCUGUUUUCUGGGUUGCUAGGAUGAACAGGAGCCACAGUACAUUUUAUUAGCUUUGGUUAUUAUUAAGUCGUGUCUCUGGUCCUUCCCUCUGUCACUUUGGCUGCGGCUGGGUCCUUCCAGAGGCUCCUUUAUCUAGUGGCCCUCCCUACAUUUCCCCAGCUACUGAACAGGUUCCUCAUCAUUGUCCAGGGAUGUUGUGUGUGUUGCAUUACAGAGUCUGAUCACCAUCAUCACAUGGGCCUUUUGGGAGUGCCAGGAAUUUUCCCACACACCAGCGACCAGUCACUUUUCUUUUUGUCAGGAGAAGACAUCCUGGGGGAUAUUGCAUAAGGGGAGACUUUGGGGCUGGGUUUGGGCCAGUCUCCUAGUCCUGCCCUUCCUUUGGUUGAUGCUCUGGGCAAGGUGUAUACCGCCGGCCUGGACUAAGUGCUCAUCUCACUUCUCAGCACCAUCGUCAUGUUGAGCUGCCUUUUCCUCCUGAAGGCAUUUCUUGCUCUUGGGUCCCUGAUAUCCUGGGUGGCUUCUGGAGAGCAUGUGAAAGAAGGAGAAUGCCCUCCUAAUAAGAACCUGUGCAAAGAGCUGUGCUGGGGGGACGAAUCAUGUCCGGCUGGGCAGAAGUGCUGCAGCAACGGCUGUGGUCGGGUCUGCCGAGGAGGCAUUCCGAAGGGGAGGAAAGGAGAUUGUCCCAGGGCUGUUCGGAAACAAUCCUGUUUCCAAAGGUGCGUCACUGAUGAGACUUGUCCAGGUAGAAAGAAAUGCUGCGCGUUUGGCUGCAACAAGAGCUGUGUGGUCCCAGUCUCUCAACCAAAGCUGGAGCCUGGAGGUGAAUGUCCGGCUGACCCCCUUCCGUGUAAGGAGCUGUGUGAUGGGGACGUGUCCUGCCCCCAGGGGCUUAAAUGCUGUAGCACCGGCUGUGGCCACUCCUGCCGUGGAGACAUUAAGGGAGGGCGGAGUGGUGAUUGUCCAAAUAUUUUGGUGGGCUUGUGCAUCGUCAGUUGCAUGACGGAUGAGAACUGCCAGGCCGGGGAAAAGUGCUGCAAGUCAGGCUGCGGCCGCUUCUGUGUCCCACCAAUUCUGCGAGCCGAGCUGGCCACAAACCCCAGCUGGACCCUCAGGUCUGAUUCUGAAUUAGAGACCCGGGUGUCCUAGCUGUCCUGAGCUGCUACAGGGGGCUUGUUCCGGCUGCCAGGAGAGGGAGAUAUCCUGGGGCUGUGACCCUCCGGGGGGCUCUCACUGCCCUCCCUGCUCUGCUUCUGUUCCUGCUGCUGCCCUGAGCGUGGGAAUAUAGCCGUGGAUUUGGGCAAUGGUGUUCGGUGCUGCUUGUCCCCAGUAAAGGCUCAUGCUGAC